AUGAACGCCUGGCUCACCGACGCCUCGAGCCUCCCUGGCCAGGAUAAUGGGGCUUUCAAUCCAUCAACUAUCGACCCCUCUAGUGCUUUCUUGCACACCUCUCCUACCCCCCAGGAUCCCAACCAAUUCCAGCGCAUGUUCAAUGGAAUGCCGCGGAAUGCCUCGCCAGGAUUUCACAAUUCUAACUCAGUGAUCCCAUCCAAGCGUGCUCGUCCAGAAGAUGGCAUGCCCAUGUCACCGCGGCCUGCACCUGGCGGCAUGCCGGGAUCACGAUCUCAAACCCCUCAGAUGCCUUUCCCUGGUUAUCAAGGUCCGUCGAAUGGGACGCCACAGUUCUCUCAACACCCCACUCCAUAUCAGCAUCUCCAACAAGGAGCAUCACCAAAUGUAACUCAGUCGCCUAUUAUGAACGAAUUCGACCAACAGAGCGUUCGCAUGGGUACCGCGUCCCCGAGUCCUUUCUCUCCUCAAGUUGGUGGCCACAUGUCGCCUUCCCAAUCAGAUCACAGUAGCCGCGUGAAUACCCCACAGAACAACAACUUCAUGCCAGGCCAGGGCUUUCCCCAGGGUAUGGGCGCCCAGUUCCAGCCGGGUCACUCAGGUCUCCAGCAUGUCAUUGGGAUUUCAUCGGCAGCCCAGCAACCAUCCAUGCAGGCGCAGUUCAAUGGACAGCAACAACAAGUAACCCCGGCGUAUCAUCAGGCCCUAGCAGCUCAACAGCAGAGACUACAUGCAAUGCAAGUACAGCAAAACCAAAACCGACAAAUGAAUGUCAACGGGCAAAUGGCUGGACGACCGGUUGCCGGUAUGAACUCUAUGGCCAACCCUCAACAGAUGGCUGCGAUCCGCCAGAUGCAAGCGAACAUGGCGAAGCCUAGCAAUCCGGACGGCUUCGUGCGCUCACUGCAAAAAUUCAUGAUGGCGCGUAAUCUUCCAUUGGAUCUGAAUCCGAUUGUCUGCGGCCGCCCGAUCAAUUUGAUCCAAUUAUAUGGUUCCGUGAUAAAGAUGGGAGGCUCGAAGAAAGUCACGGCAUCGAAUCUGUGGCCGGCAGUCGCACAACAACUCCAGUUUGCCCAGGUGCAAUUUCCAAUGGCAGCUCAAGAGCUUCGAGAACACCACCAACGGAAUCUGGGUCCAUAUGAGCAGGCAUUCAUUUCGUCUCAACAGAAGCAAAUGGCCGAGAUGCAGCAGCAGCAGCAACAGCAACAGCAGCAACAGCAGCAACAGCAACAGCAACAGCAACAGCAACAACAACAACAACAGCAACAACAGCAACAACAGCAACAACAGCAACAACAGCAACAACAACAACAACAACAAGGUGGAAUUUCGCGCCAGCCAAGCGACCCAUCUCUCCUCCAGUACCAGUCGCCAUCCGUAAAACCCGGUCAAAAUUUUGAACAACCUCAACCGCUCGCCCUUUCUCCUCAGAACAACGUUUCUGUCCCUAAUCAGUCUCACCCCGCUCAACUAAACGGAUUUGCAACACCCACACAAGUCCGAAGCCAGAGCAGACCUCCCCAGCCCGUACAUCGUUUGAGUGUCUCUCGCCAAUCACAGCCUUCGGUACCGCCAACCGACCUCUCAGGGCAAUUUGCAGCACCUUCACCACAAGUGAAGCCGAUCACUGCACCCCCCGUCCAGCAACCAGGCACCAUUGAACAAAAGGUUGAGCGAUUUGUGAAGAAACCUAUUGAGGACCCAUUCACACCCAUGGUACUCUCAGAGCCACGUCCACAUGGUCCCAUACUGGUAGAUGAAAUGUUCCAGCUUGGAGAGGAUAUCACACGAUUGAAACCAUCUGUACCGAGUUUCGGAGAGCUGGGUGUGAUAGAUAUUCACGCACUCACAAUGGGCCUCAAGUCUGGAAUUCAGGGUGAAAUUCGGGUUGCGCUGGAUACUCUCACCACUCUCUCCGUUGAGCCGGCUGUACAGCUUUCACUCGAGAACUGCGAUGACCUGGUGGAAAGCUUGGUUGAUUGCGCCCAGGACCAGACCGAUUAUCUCAUGGAGCAUAUUCCGGUGGUGUCUGAUGUCAUGCAAUUGCAGACAUAUGAGGAAGUAACGCGGGGCUGUCAGGCUGAGUUCACAUCUCUUGUCGACGUUCAUGAAUUUGCGAGUGUGGCCUACAAUCUUGACCGAGCCGUCGAUCGAUUGAUAUGCAUCACAACUAUUCUUCGGAACUUUUCAUUUAGUGAGGCAAACUUCCCUAUCCUGGGAAUUUCACCAGUGACCCAGAUGUUUGCCGAUGUCUUCCGCUGUAUUGGAACGCGCGACAGGUUCCUGCGCACGAAUCAAAAUACGCUGGAUUUCAUGAAGGAUGCAGUGGUCUUUAUGGGAAAUCUGGCCCAUCUCAUGCAAAUACCCGGCAAGGAGGAAGCAUUGAGUCUAUUGAAUUUCCUGCUUGCAUUCGCUCCGAUGCCUGGGCCCAUCUUGAAGCCGGACCAAGUGAUGUUUACUAUGUAUAAUCCCGCAGUUCAUCGAUACACGCCGUCUGCCGCAGACGGUCUCGCCAAGUUGCUGGCGAGAGAUGACCCGAACCGGAUUUACCUUAGUGCUAUCUUCUCCGGAGAUGGAUCUGCUCCUCCCCAACCUGAUCUACUCACCCGCGCGUUCGGUCUUGCCAUCUGCUGUGUCCCUGAAAGAAAACAACUGGCAGUCACCGAUGCGCGAAAAGUCUUCCUCAUGCAGGGCUUGCUUGCCGCUGACGUUCUGACUACGUUUGCAGACGGUCAUCUGGCAAAGUUGUGGCUAGGGUCUGUUGAUGGAUUUGCCAUCCAUCUUCUUCGACUCUCUUGUCUGUUGUGCACUGAGCGCAUCCCACAAAUCAAUCAGAUGCGCCAACGGUCACAGGCCGAGGCCGAAGCCCUCGCGUACGGCUCAAUCAUCCAUCGUGGACUGGCCAUCCUGCGUCGACUCGCCGAGAAAUCCAAGCAAGUCGACAACAUCUCUCCUCUUCGCCUUCCUUCCGGAAUUGUUCCUCGCAAAGAGAGCCUGCUUGGCGCUUUACUGCUUCCGAAUAUGGAUCCAAACAUCAUUCGCCAGCUUAUUACCUAUGCGCGUCUCGCUGAGUAG